CUUUCACAGCAGCUGGAAGAACAUAGAGAACACCUAUGAACAGAAGCCGUUGUCACUGCAAUGCAUCAGUAUAAAUUUCAGAGAAGUCCAGUUUGCCCAGACCAUGCUCUUUGCCAUUGAGGAGAUAAAUAACAGGACGGACCUACUGCCGGGUGUUUCUCUUGGAUACAGCAUAUAUGACACUUGUGGUUCCAUUCCCAGAAGCAUCAAAGUUGCGCUUGCCUUGAACAAUCGCAACGAAAGCGUGUCUUCAAACUCUGACACUCCGUGUACCAAACCUGUUCAAGUUCAGGCUAUAGUGGGGGAAACUUCUUCCUCUCCCAGCACUGCAAUAUCGACUCUCAUUGGACCGUUUCACAUACCACUGAUCAGCCACUUUGCCACAUGUGCCUGUCUCAGUGAUAAAACCAAAUAUCCUUCCUUUCUAAGAACCGUACCCAGUGACUACUACCAGAGCAGAGCUCUGGCUCAUCUGGUCAAACAUUUCUCCUGGACUUGGGUCGGAGCCGUCCGAAGCGAUGAUGAUUAUGGCAAUAACGGCAUCGCUGCAUUCACAGAAACUGCAGAGCAGCUGGGCAUCUGCCUGGAGUAUUCAGUUUCUUUCUUCAGAACGGAUUCAGUAGAAAAAAUGCAAAAGGUGAUCAACACUAUAAAGACGUCGACCUCAAAGGUGAUUAUAGCCUUCGUCGCACACUUGGACAUGGACGUGCUGAUACACGAGUUGUCAAACCACAACAUGACCGGGUACCAGUGGGUGGGAAGUGAAGGGUGGAUCUCUGAUUCUCAGUUUGCAGCAGCAGAUAAAAAUCACAUCCUGGACGGAGCGAUCGGCGUUUCCGUCCCUAAAGCUCACGUGAGCGGUCUCAGAGAGUUCAUGUUUGACGUGAGGCCACUCAGGUCUUUAAAUAACGACUUGUACAAAGAGUUCUGGGAGACGUUGUUUAGCUGCAAGUUCAAGCAGGAGAAAUCGGAUGAAAAUUACAGAGAAUGUACCGGACAUGAGGAUCUGACUGGAGUGGAGAACAGCUUCACUGACAUGUCCCUCAUGCCCAUUUUUAACAAUGUCUAUAAGGGAGUGUAUGCAGUGGCUCACGCUCUGCAUGAAAUUCUCGGAUGUGAUAAAACCUGCAACAACAACGUGCAGCUUGACCCAUUCACGAUUCUGCAGCACAUUCAAAAGAUUCACUUUGAGACAAAGGAGGGAGAAGAGGUUUACUUUAACGAGAAUGGAGAUCCAGCUGCAAAGUAUGAAGUUAUAAACUGGCAACCGAGAGAAAACAACACGUUGGACUUUGUCAUAGUUGGUGUUUAUGAUGCGUCGUUACCAUUUGAUGAACAGCUAAAACUGCUAAACAGGUCAAUACUGUGGUCACAGGGCUCAAAUCAGAUCCCUGUGUCGGUGUGCAGUGAGAAAUGUCCCCCAGGAACCCGCAAGGUUCUCCAGAAAGGAAAACCCGUCUGCUGCCAYGACUGCAUAAGAUGUGCAGAAGGAGAAAUUAGCAACGUUACAGAUGCCUUCACCUGUCUGAGAUGCCCCUCUGAAUGCUGGUCAAACGAGAGAAGAGAUGCUUGCAUCAAGAAGGAAGCUGUAUUUUUAUCAUACGAUGAAAUUAUGGGUAUACUCCUCACCACCGCGGCUUUAUUUGGGACAUGUGUAACAGCUAUUGUGACAAUCAUUUUCUACAGAAACAGAAAAACUCCUCUUGUCAGAGCCAACAACUCUGAGCUGAGCUUCCUGCUGCUCUUCUCUCUGACUCUGUGUUUCCUCUGCUCUCUGACGUUUAUCGGCCAGCCCUCCAAGUGGUCCUGCAUGCUGCGGCACACGGCCUUCGGCAUCACCUUCGUGCUCUGCCUCUCUUGUGUUCUGGGGAAAACCAUGGUGGUUUUAAUGGCGUUCAAAGCUACACUUCCAGGGAGAAACGUGAUGAAAUGGUUUGGGCCUACACAGCAGAGGCUGAGCGUUCUGGCAUUUACUUUYGUACAAGUGAUCAUCUGCAUCCUCUGGUUAAGCAUCUCUCCUCCGUUUCCAUCUAAGAAUUUUAAGGAAUUKAAAGAAAAAAUCAUCCUGGAGUGCGCCCUGGGCUCUGCUGUGGGUUUCUGGUCCGUCCUYGGUUACAUAGGACUUCUUGCCGUCUUGUGUUUUGUUUUUGCUUUUUUAGCUCGGAAGUUGCCUGAUAAUUUCAACGAAGCCAAAUUCAUAACCUUCAGUAUGUUGAUAUUCUGCGCRGUGUGGAUCACUUUCAUCCCAGCGUACGUCAGCUCUCCUGGAAAUUUCAGUGUCGCUGUAGAAAUCUUUGCUAUACUCGCCUCCACUUUUGGGCUGUUAAUUUGUAUUUUUAUCCCAAAAUGCUAUAUCAUGUUACUGAAACCAGAGAAAAAUACAAAAAAGAAUAUGAUGGGGAAAGGGCCACCAAAGACGUUCUGAAGAGUAAAUCUUUCUAACAAUGU